GCCCCCGCCCUCCCAACGCCGGCGCACACCUCCCUUCCUGACGCAUUUUGCCGCACAAGCUGUAAUAUGGCGGCAGCGACGGCGGCCUGAACUCUAGGAAGCCUGGUUGAUUUUUAAUGCUUCAAAAUCAUAAGACUCAGCACUACUUCGGGGUUGCAGUAUUGGAGCCAUGGGAAUAAAGGUUCAGCGUCCUCGAUGUUUUUUUGACAUUGCCAUUAACAAUCAACCUGCUGGAAGAGUUGUCUUUGAAUUGUUUUCGGACGUGUGCCCUAAAACAUGUGAGAACUUUCGUUGUCUUUGUACAGGUGAAAAGGGGACGGGGAAAUCAACACAGAAGCCAUUACAUUAUAAGAGUUGUCUGUUUCACAGAGUUGUCAAGGAUUUUAUGGUUCAAGGUGGUGACUUCAGUGAAGGAAAUGGACGAGGAGGAGAAUCUAUUUAUGGAGGAUUUUUUGAAGAUGAGAGUUUUGCUGUUAAACACAACAAAGAAUUUCUCUUAUCAAUGGCCAAUAGAGGGAAGGAUACAAAUGGCUCACAGUUCUUCAUAACAACAAAACCAACUCCUCAUUUAGAUGGGCAUCAUGUUGUAUUUGGGCAAGUGAUCUCUGGUCAAGAAGUUGUAAGAGAGAUAGAAAACCAGAAAACAGAUGCAGCUAGCAAACCAUUUGCUGAGGUACGGAUACUCAGUUGUGGAGAGCUAAUUCCCAAAUCUAAAGUUAAGAAAGAAGAAAAGAAAAGGCAUAAGUCAUCAUCAUCUUCUUCAUCUUCAUCCAGUGACUCAGAUAGCUCAAGCGAUUCUCAGUCUUCUUCUGAUUCUUCAGAUUCUGAAAGUGCUUCUGAAGAGAAAUCAAAAAAAAGAAAAAAGAAACAUAGGAAAAAUUCCCGAAAACACAAGAAAGAAAAGAAGAAGCGAAAGAAAAGCAAGAAAAGUGCAUCAAGUGAAAGUGAGGCUGAAAAUCUUGAAGCACAACCCCAGUCUACUGUCCGUCCAGAAGAGAUCCCCCCUAUACCUGAAAAUAGGUUCCUAAUGAGAAAGAGUCCUCCUAAAGCUGACGAAAAGGAAAGGAAAAACAGAGAACGAGAGAGAGAAAGAGAGUGUAAUCCACCUAACUCCCAGCCAGCUUCCUACCAGAGACGACUUUUAGUAACUAGAUCUGGCAGAAAAAUUAAAGGAAGAGGACCAAGGCGUUAUCGAACCCCUUCCAGGUCCAGAUCAAGGGACCGUUUCAGACGUAGUGAGACUCCUCCACAUUGGAGGCAAGAGAUGCAGAGAGCUCAAAGAAUGAGGGUAUCAAGUGGUGAAAGAUGGAUCAAAGGGGAUAAGAGUGAGUUGAAUGAAAUAAAAGAAAAUCAAAGAAGCCCAGUUAGAGUAAAAGAGAGAAAAAUAACUGAUCACAGGCAUGUGUCUGAGAGUCCAAACAGAAAAAGUGAAAAGGAAAAGAAAGUUAAAGACCAUAAAUCUAACAGCAAAGAGAGAGACAUCAGAAGAAAUUCAGAAAAAGAUGAUAAAUAUAAUAAAAACAAAGUGAAGAAAAGGGUGAAAUCUAAAAGUAGGAGUAAGAGCAAAGAGAAAUCAAAAAGUAAGGAAAGAGAUUCAAAACAUAAUAGACAUGAAGAAAAGAGGAUGAGGUCAAGGAGUAAAGAAAGGGAUCAUGAGAAUGUUAAAGAAAAAGAAAAACAGUCUGAUUCUAAAGGAAAAGAUCAGGAAAGGAGUAGAAGUAAAGAAAAGUCUAAACAGUUAGAAUCAAAAAGUAAUGAGCAUGAUUACAAUAAAGGUAAGGAAAAGGAUAGACGUGCACAGUCCAGGAGUAGAGAAUGUGACGUAACUAAAGGUAAACACAGUUACAAUAGUAGAACCAGGGAACGGAGCAGAAGCAGGAACAGGAGCAGAAGAGUGCGAUCUAGAAGCCGGGACAGAGAUCGCAGCAGAAGCAAGGAGUACCACAGACACAGAGAACAGGAGUACAGGAGAAGAGGACGGUCACGAAGCCGAGAGAGAAGAGCAACACCAGGAAGGUCAAGAAGUAAAGAGAGGAAGAGAAGGAGGAGAGAGUCACGGAGCUCAGAGAGAGAAGAAAGUCAAAGCAGAAACAAAGAAAAGUACAGAAACCAAGAAAGUAAGAGUUCUUAUAGAAAAGAAAAUUCUGAGGGUGAGAAAAGAAUGUACUCUAAAAAUCGUGAUCAUAAUAGCUCAAGUAAUAGCAGGGAAAAAAAGGCUGACAGAGAUCAAAGUCCAUUCUCAAAAAUAAAACAAAGCAGUCAGGACAAUGAAUUAAAGUCCUCCACAUUAAAAAAUAAGGAGGAUGAGAAGACCAGAUCCUCAGUGGAAAAAGAAAACCAAAAAUCAAAGGGUCAAGAAAAUGACCACAUACACGAUAAAAAUAAAAAAUUUGAUCAUGAAUCAAGCCCUGGAACAGAUGAAGACAAAAGUGGAUGAGUGAAUUGGGUAAACUUAUUUCCAUUCUGUCUAAAAUUUUAAGUUUUAGAGACUUGCUGAUGAAUCUCCUUUAUGUUAUUUUCCCUUUCAUUGUUUUUGGGUUGUGUUUGUCUUUUUUUUUUUUUUUCUAAUGUGGAUUUCAUUGAGUUGACCUUUUGAUAAUCUGCCAUCUGGAUAAUUUGUACUGCUAAAGUUUUAAUAAACUUGAAAUGAGAAAAACA